AUGGGACAAGCCCAGCAGCGCUGCGAGGGCUGCCAGAGCCUCUUCGGCGAGUACUACUGCGGUAUUUGCCACCUCUUCGACCGCGACAAGAAGCAGUACCACUGCGCCGAGUGCGGCAUCUGCAGGAUUGGUCCAAAGGAGGAUUUUUUCCACUGUUCAAAAUGCAAUUUAUGCCUAAGUUUGAGCCUCCGAGGAAAGCACAAGUGUAUUGAAAAUGUCUCCAGGCAGGACUGUCCAAUAUGUUUGGAGGAUAUUCACACAUCCCGUGUUGGAGCUCAUGUUCUGCCGUGUGGUCACCUUCUUCACAGAACAUGUUACGAGGACAUGCUAAAGGAAGGUUACCGGUGCCCUUUGUGCAUGCACUCGGCUUUAGACAUGACAAGGUACUGGCGUCAGCUGGAUGACGAAGUAGCGCAGACUCCUAUGCCCACGGAGUAUCAGAACAUGAUGGUGGAGAUCCUCUGCAAUGACUGCAAUGCCCGGUCUACAGUGCAAUUCCAUCUCCUAGGCAUGAAGUGCAAAAACUGUGAAUCGUACAAUACUGCCCAAGAUGGAAGAUGCCGGCUGCCUCUGGAGGAGCAGUGA